AUGGAACUGGAGAGCACCAUUAGGAACGCUAGCAAUAAGACUAUUAUUAUCGAUUUCUGUGCAGAGUGGUGCGUUCCCUGCAAAGCUUUGUCACCCAAACUAAAGGACUUCGCGAAAUCAUGCCCCAACAUAAUACUGGUCAAAGUUGACGUUGACGACGCCGAGGACGUGGCCGACAAGUAUGGCGUAACCGUUUUGCCGACUUUUGUCGUCAUUCGAAAUGGAUGCAUGGCUGAUAAACUGAUCGGAUCAGAAUUGGACAAGAUUGAGAAAAUGUUCAAGAAAUAUGACGAUAAGAAGUCCGAAAUCAAUAUUUAA